AUGCAGUCCCAGGAUCCACACCACCCCCAGGGGGACCCCAGGGCCCAGCCAGGCCAGCGCAGGAAGUUGCCGAAGGUGUGCUCUGAGGGAGAAAGCAGGCCGGAGGGUAGCGUGGGCUUCUGCCCCUUCUUGGAUCUGGCGCCAGGAGCCCUGCAAGUGUGGGUGAAGGACGGCAGCAAGAUCCGGAACCUUCUCGCCUUUGCCGCCAUUCGCAUGGAGAAGCCCUCCAUGCGCACCAUUGUCUUCAAUGGCAUCGGCCAUGCGACCUCCAAGACCAUCUCGUGCGUUGAGAUCCUCAAGCGCCGCGUGGGCGGGCUGCACCAGGUCACCCGGCUGUACCUCUACAGCGCACAUGAGUUGGCGCAGCUACCCCGUCCCUGGCCCUUGUCCACUUCCAGGCCCACUAGUCACAGGACUGUCCCUGGCCUCUCCAUCUUGCUGUCCAAAGAUGCACUGAACCCGCGCCAACUGGGCUACCAGCUCCCCAGUCCCCAGCAUGGCCCCUCCAUCCAGCCAAUGACAUCUGCAUCCAGCUCGACUUCAGGGGAACCUUCAGCAGUGGCAGGCUCGGCAAAGGAGUCGUCGCCCUGCCCAGGUGUCCCACCGGAGGACCCCAGCAACUGA